AUGAAAAGAGGAGCCCACACUGGAAUAACUUUGUUGGCCCAACUUGUGACUUCAUGGAGGACCCACACUGGAUCUGUGCCUGAAGGACUUCACCCCACGGAAGAGACUGUGCUGGAGCAGCUGGUGAAGAGCUGCACUCCAUGGGAAGGACUCACAUGUGAGGAGUCUUCCCCCUGCGGAGGAGUGAGAGGCAGAGACAAUGCUCUGGAUACUGGGGUUGGGAAAUCGAGCAUCGUUUGUCGAUUUGUCCAGGACCACUUUGAUCAUAAUAUUAGUCCUACUAUUGGGGCAUCCUUCAUGACUAAAACUGUGCCAUGUGGGAAUGAGCUUCAUAAAUUUCUAAUCUGGGACACAGCUGGUCAGGAACGGUUUCAUUCCUUGGCUCCCAUGUACUACCGAGGUUCAGCAGCAGCUGUGAUAGUGUAUGAUAUCACCAAACAGGAUUCAUUCCAUACUUUGAAAAAAUGGGUGAAAGAACUAAAAGAACAUGGUCCUGAAAACAUUGUAAUGGCCAUUGCUGGAAAUAAAUGUGAUCUUUCUGAUAUCAGGGAGGUUCCUAUGAAGGAUGCCAAAGAAUAUGCAGAAUCCAUAGGUGCAAUUGUGGUUGAAACCAGUGCAAAGAAUGCUGUUAACAUUGAAGAACUUUUUCAAGGAAUAAGUCAGCAAAUUCCACCGUUAGAUCCUCAUGAAAACAGUAACAAUGGAGCAAUCAAACUUGGAAGGCAGACUUCACAGACGGGUAGGCGGUGCUGCUGACCCAACUUGAUCUUUUUAGAUUUACUUGAAAAACAGCACCAUUUGCUUUUUUUUUUCACUGAGAAAGGACUUUGUGAUCUCAGUGACGUGGCUCCUUAUCUUGAAAGCAGUAAUUUCAAUACUUCCCAUGAGCAAUAACGCAAGGACCAGAAGCAGAAGGCUUUACUUCAAAGGGAUUUUGCAAAACCCAGUUGGAAAAUCCUCUCUAAUAUCCUGUCAAAAUUACAAUGUCAAAGUACUCCAAUUCUCUGU